GCUCGGUGUCUCUUUCAGGAAGUCAACGCAGAAACAGCAGAGCAAGGAAGGAGCAAAGAAAAACAUCUGUGAAAGUGCAGCCACACGACAUAAGUCAAAGAAAAUAAUGUACUUAACCGUUUUGACGUCUGCUUACAGACUGAGGUCCCUUUGCAGACUGCAGCGAAUCCAUGGCCACAUGAUGUCGAGUCGUGUGGAACCAGAGGUUCUUUUGGAGAGAGUGGGGUGCGCAGGUGUGAUCACUGUAAACAGACCCAAAGUCCUAAAUGCCCUCAACCUGACCAUGGUCCAACAGAUCUACCCUCAGCUCAAGAAAUGGGAAAAUGACAAUGAGACUGACAUUGUGAUCAUCAGAGGAGCAGGUGGGAAAGCCUUUUGUGCUGGUGGAGACAUCAGAGCGGUCACAGAAGCAGGGAAAGUUGGAGACCCUCUUGCAGAGGAUUUUUUCCGUGAGGAAUAUAUUCUCAACAAUGCUAUUGGAUCAUGCAGGAAACCAUAUAUUGCCCUAAUUGAAGGAAUAACAAUGGGAGGGGGCGUAGGUCUGUCAGUUCAUGGACGGUUCCGGGUGGCCACUGAGAAGACGCUGUUUGCCAUGCCAGAGACUGCCAUUGGGCUUUUCCCUGACGUGGGAGGUGGCUAUUUUCUGCCGAGGCUCCGGGGGAAGCUGGGACUGUUUCUGGCCUUGACGGGCUUCCGUCUCAAGGGCCGUGACGUGCAGAGAGCUGGAGUUGCCACUCACUUUGUAGAGUCUAAGAAGAUCCCAGACUUGGAGAAGGAGCUGGUGGACUUGAAGUCUCCCUCUGCUGAAGACGUCUCCAAAGUGCUAGACUCCUACCAGAACCAGAGUAGUCUGGAUUCUGAGAAGCCUUUUGUGUUGGACAAGCACAUGUCAGAUAUUGACAGGCUGUUCAGCCCCAGCAGUGUGGAGGGCAUCGUGCAGAACCUGAAGGCAGAUGGCUCAGAGUUUGCUAACAAACAAGCUGAGAUACUGUCCAAGAUGUCUCCCACAUCCCUGAAAAUCACCUAUAGGCAGCUGCAGGCGGGUGCAACUCUGAGCCUGCAGGAUGUGUUGGUGAUGGAGUAUCGACUGAGCCAGGCUUGCAUGAGGGGCUGCGACUUUUAUGAGGGUGUACGAGCCGUAUUGGUUGACAAGGACCAGAAUCCCAAGUGGAACCCGUCAACACUGGAGGAGGUGUCAGAGCAAGCUGUGGAGCAGUGCUUCUCCUCACUGGGAGAGAAAGACCUGACUUUAUGAAGCUUCACACCUUCAAACACGCACACACACACCACUAAGCCUUCUUUGAGCCUCCUGUCCCCACAUCCCUUUAUGGUCAGUCAUGUGAGAGGACUGUACUGCUGAGGAUGAGAGAAAGUCUGGUAUUUUACAACAAGUACAUCCAUAGGUCAUAUACCUAAUAGUUUGACUCAGUACUAUUAAAUACUGCAGUGACAUUUUACAGGAAGAUCCAGGCUGCUCCUCUGCAGCUGAGGAAAAGAAGGUCUGAUUCAUCACAGCUAGAAAUCAAAAAUAGUAGCAGAAGAGGCAGCUUACAGAUGCCCUGUGUGUCACACAUGAAAAAUGUUUAGUGUAAACUUGCUCUGCAGUGGAAGUGGAGUGGAGUGUUUUUCUUUUACAUAAGUUGAAUAACUGCUGCUGCAAUUGCAAGGAACCUGCCGCACAGCAGCAUUAACACGAGGACAUGGGAGGAGAAAUUAUCUCACCGCUGAGUGCUUUAUUACAUUUCCUGUGGGUGUUUGUUGAUGUGACGUGGAUCAAUAUUAUCUGUAUUUCUGCAGUUUGGUCACUUGUUCUCAUUCAGAUGAUAUAUUGUCUCUGUUUCUGUAGUUUUUGUCUGUUUCCUGUAUUUUUCUUUUUUUAGAUGGAUAAAGAAAGAAAGAAUUCUCUGACACAUCCAAACAACACUCCCAAAACAAAUGGCAGAUUUAGACAUUUAUCAUUAUUGGUACUGAAUGCAUUUACAUGAUUGUUACAUUGUAUUUCUGUGUGUGAUAUAGUGAGUUUUUAUAGUUUACCUCAUAGUAUCAAAUCACCUCCCUAAACAUAAGUUCUCAAUAUCUGCAUUAUUUUUGAGACACCAGUAAGGUAUUGAUUCUGGAACAAAGAGCAAUAAAGAGAGUUGGUAAUGAAAUCUAAAAUGUUGUGUGUUCUUGGUGCGUGAAGAAACAGUUUUCAAGAACUACAGUCAUUGAGGGCAGGAUCUUUUAUGACCUGCUUUUAGAGUGGUCUUGUGAAACAUUGACACGUCAGAGUGGCUUUGUUAUCAGCACUAAGCUGCUGCUCAAAUAUUAAGUCUAUAAAGUAAAUAUUUAUUGUAGCUGCAUGUUGGGUUAUAAACUGUUGUGUUCUACCUACAGUAUCAGCAGGAAGUGCUGAAUAUUUUGUGUGACUGCUAUAAUGGUCUAAAAGAUUAUUAAAGACUUGUCUGUUCCUAAUGAACGACCACUACCACCCUGUCUGAUAUUUCUACGGAUAACAAAUAACACCUGAAGCUGACCCUGCUCUCUAUAGGGCUGUAAUAACUUAUUUAACAUUGGGGGGACCAUGUUCAAACUGCGCCUCCUGCAGUGGGAAUUGUGGGGAGACAUUUUUCAGAAACAGCUAAACUAACCAUAUAGAGCACUUUGAAGGGAUUCUCAAAGUUUUGAUGACUGAGUGCCAUUUUUAUGGAGAUAGAUUUCUCUCAAUAUUAUUUGUGUGAACAGAUCGACAGCCCAUGUUUAAAUGUGUGAUCUGUAAAUAUAAAACACCUUUGGCAAAUACAAAUAAAUAUCUGUAAGUUCCUAAAACUAUUGUGCAAAUAUAAAAUGGAUCUGAAAAACACAAACAAAUUCCGCAAAUUAAAAAAUAUCUACAAAAUGUACAAAUACAUGGAAAGCAUUUGUGAAUAGCUUCCUUAUAUUUACAACAUUCAAACUGAUAUCUGUGAAUCCAGUUUUUAUAAGUGAGUCUCUAUUCUGCACUUGCAGAUUUACAUUUCACAUCAGCACAUCAGUAUUACAUUUGCAUAAUAUUUUUGUGAGUUUAAAAUCUUUCUUUGUAUUUGUGGAGGUUGUUUUACAUUUAUAGAUCACACACUGACACACGGAUUGUUGAUUUCCUCACACAAAUUAAAGUGACAGAAAUCUAUUUCCAUACAUUUUAGGGAGCCAGCAUAUGAUUGAGAGUGCCACAGGAAAAGUACAUACACAAGACUUUUUUACAUGUUAUACUAUGUCCUUUUUUGCAACAUUUUUUGACACACUUACACUUCACAAAACAACAGUGAUGUAACAUUCAUAUUAGUUUUUUUUUUUUUUUUACUUUUUAGUACAUUUGAAAGUAAUAAAAUAGAGAGACAGUUUAGUGUUUGUCCUUGAAUGCACCCACAGCAGUGAAGCAACGGCUUCUGCUGGGGUGUGGCAACAACACACGCAGAGCUGCAGUACACUUCAACAUUAGAACCAGUAUUAAUUAUAAUGGCAAUUUGUUGCGUGUAUUUAUGACUACGAUUAUUAUUUCAGAUGGUGGUGCAUGAUUGUCUGUUGUAGCAGCAGCAGUUUUAUUUUUCUUAAUAUAUUUAUAUCAGUAUAUGGGGUGGGGUGGGCAUUUUUUAUGCCUCACUACAUACUACCUAGUUUCUCGAACUGCUUCACAUUCACAGUCUGAUUCAAUAACACACAUCUCAUUUCAAUAGCAGCCUCUCAGCCUUCACAGUGGCUCAGAGGAUGACCUCCAAAUACUGCAGACAAUAAACGGCCAUAAACACUGAGAACAUCGUCUGAGUAUUUCUCUGUGCGUCACAGAUAAACCCUCAUGCUUUAUGGGCCCCAUCUGCUCUUCAAACAUGCACUGGCCAGCAGUCACGUCUAAAUCCUUAGUGUUUGUUCUUCAUGCAGCUGAACUUUAAACUUGCCGUGUGUUCACUCUCUAACAGGAUGCAGCAUCACCACCUCUCUUGUUUGACACGUUGGCUAUUUUAAAGGAACAGUUCACCUCAAGGUCAAAAAUAAGUAUUUUUUCCUCUUACCUGUAGUGCUGUUAUCAAUCUACAUUGUUUUGGUGUGAGUUGCCGAGAUGUCUGCCUUCUCUCAAAUAUAAUGGAGCUAGAUGCUUAGCUUGUGGUGCUCAAUGUGCCAAAAAAUACAGACCUUUCUUUCUAAUGAACUACACCCACUAACCAUAUCACUGCACAUAAGGAAAUUAGCAUCUACUAAUGGACAAGAGGCUCACGCUUGACAGUGUGAGAUCUUCCUCAGCUGAGUUGUAACACUAGUUAGCUCAGUGGUGCUAGGUGAGCUAGCAGUAGAUGCAUGCUUCCGUUUACACUGUGACACGGUUGGCGGGUGUAGUUCAGUAGAAAAUACUCUGUAUAUGAAACUGCUCACAACAAGGUCUGUGGAUCAUCUUGAGUAACUGAGUCAUGAUUUCUGGAAAGAGUCAUUGCUGUCAAGUCUUUCAAAUGAAUAUUUUGGUACUUUAAGCACCACAAGCUGAGUGCCAUCUAGUUCCAUUAUAUUGGAGAGAAGGCAGACAUCUCUACAGCUGAUAUCUCCAGCACUCAGCAACUCACACCAAAACAAUCUAGACUGAUUAAUAGCACUACAGGUAAGAGGAAAAAUAUGCAUUUUUGAUUUGGGGGUGAACGGUCCCUUUAAAUGUGCCACUAAUAUGUUGAAAAGCACCAUUGUGAGGUUGUUCUGAAGUGGUGAUUUAGAAAUAAUGACAUGUUUCUGUAAUGAUAGAAGGCAUAAAUCUGAUUUAUUGGCAUCAUGAGUUUUUACACAUACUGUAUGUACAGUUUGCAAGUGAAAUGAAUACUGGACUACAGGAAUAUGCAAAAAGUCACACAUUAUAAGUUAUUUUAUGAUGAUAUAUUGAUAGGCCGACAUGUCUCAUCUUAUAGGACUGCUUCCAGGAGGCCAUUUCUCACUUAUUUGGCAGCAGAGAGGUCAUGGAAACAGUGCAGGGGGGUUCUGGCUACUGCUUGUGUUUCACUUCACAGUCAAGUCUGCUCAUUUUUUUUUUUUUUUGCUUCAACUCCACUGCUCUCUGACUGUUUUUUUUGUCUAUGGGUCACUUUGGCUGUUGUUAAACACUGAUGCAUCAGAGGCAUCGUGGGUACAGGGGGCCGAACCCUGUUACAGAAUAGUGUAAUGUCACCUCUGCUGAUAUUUACCCAUCAUAGAUAGUGCAUUAUCGGAUCAGCUGACUUGGUUUCAGUGAGUGGCACAAAUUUGAAUCAUGAACUAAUACCUGAUUUUAAACAAACUUAUCCAGGAAUUCAACAAAUGAAGGAAUUUAUAUUUUUUUCCAUAUAAAAAUUAAACAGAUCAUUUACUUGCUUGACUUUGCCAAGCUGCACAAGAUUGGCAGUAAAGAGAAUUAAAGAUCCAGUGUGAAGGAUUUAGGGGCAUCUAUUGCCAGAAUGUUGGUUAGUUUAUAAUCACCUUAUCACAAUUUCCCCCUGGGGAUUAAUAAAGUAUUCUGAAUCUGAAUCUGAAUCUGAACCUAAAAAUAAGAUUUUUUUGUGUUUUUGUUACCCUAGAAUGAGCCGUUUAUAUCUACAUAUGGGUAGUAGAGUGGGUCACCACAGAGGCCCAGAACAGUAGCCCAUAAUGGACAAAUCAAACCCUGGCUCUAGAUAGGUCCAUUUGCAUGUCACGUUAGCCACCGUACUUCUCUUACACACUUGGAUCAUGAUAGAAGUUUUAGUUCAUUAACCUCCCCACUAGAUGCCACUAAAUCCUACGCACUGGACCUUUAAGGACUGGCAGGUUGGCUGCCAAAGAACAAAAUAGUAACUUAAACAAGAACUGACAAUUAGUCAAUUGACAGAAAAAUGAAUCAGAGACUAUUUGUGAUAAUCUAUUAACUGUUUAAGUCAAUUUUCAAAUAAAAAUGCCAAACAUGUACUGGUUCAGUAAAUGUGGGGAUGUAAUCUUUACUUUGUCAUAUAUGAUAAUAAACUGAACAUCUUUGGGGGUUUUGGAUUGUUGAAUAAAACUAUCAAAAUAGGUCACCUUUCACUUUUAUCUGACAUUUUAUAGAUAAAAAGGUUAAUCAAGGAUCUAAUUGACAGACUAAUUGAUAAUGAAAAUAAUUGUUAGCGGCAGCACUAAUUUAAUCAGUACCAAAGGGCACUACAGCCUUCAAGGGAAUCUAUCCUUCUUAAGAUGAAUAAAUCCUACAAGAGGGUUGGCGGCCAAUUUAGCAGCAUCUCCCACCUCUGUUGAAACACCUGCUGCUAUUCAAUAAUUCAAAAUGGGUAACCUUUAAAAACUCUAAAAUAAUCAUGGUUUCCAAGAGGAAGCACUGUCAGCCUUUCAGUCAGUGCCAAAAGCAUCAACUGGAAGACACAGAUGAUUGAAUGUAGACAGGUGUUCACAUUCGAUCCCAUUUUUUACUCUUUGUUGUGCAGAUUCAGUCCCUCCAUGGCUGACUCCAAUUCACUGCUAUUCUUUGAGACGACCACAAGACCUGAUCUUUGCCAGAGUUACAGAACUAAAUCUCACAGGGGAUUCCACAUUUCUUGGUGAUGACAUCACACUCGAAAUGCACAGUAAAGCCUGACAUCAGCAUUAUGGCAGACACAGAUUGCCACCAUCCAGUUUGGGUUCAGUAUUCUCAAUGUCAUUAAAGUCAACAUAUAAAACAAAA